UUGGUCAAGCUGGCGCAACCACUUCGCCCUGAGUUCUGUUCUUGCACCGGCACCGAAGAACAGAACCAACCCGACGCCGCCCCCCUGGUGUACAUGCAAUUGUGGAGGAGCGUCAUGAACGCAAGGAGGUUUGGCGGCAAGCCCAUCAUAUCAGCAACAUCAUCCCUCGCAUCGUCCCCGACGUCGCUCACCCCCGAGGGCGACGACGACGACACCAAAAUGUCCGACUCUUCCUCGAGGCCGCUCACUGUCUCAAUACCCCAAACCAUCACGAACCCUCACAAUCGAAAACCUAACCUGUCUGAGAUCCUCGCCAACACCGCCCCUCCCCCAUGGACUCUCAGCAAAUUCAUGGCCUUUUUGUCGCAGAAUCACUGUCUUGAGAACCUGGAAUUCACCAUGGACGCGUCCCGCUAUCGGAAACACUACUCAAAGUUGAUCAGCAGGAACCCUGGGAAACCCCUCUCUCCGCUCUCUGAAGAAUGUGCAUACGUGCUCAUGUUGUGGAGACGAUUGAUCGAUGCCUACAUUCGCGAGUCCGGUCCCCGUGAGGUCAACCUCCCUGCCGACGUCCGCGACACCCUUCUCAAACUCUCCGAUUCACAUCUUCCACCGCAUCCUUCCGCAUUAGACCCGGCCGUCUCGAAAAUCUACGAGUUAAUGGAAGAGAGCGUGCUGGUGUCAUUCCUCAACUCCGAAUGCCCCCAGUCGGCAUAUCCCCGGUCAGCAUACCCAUCCUCCAACAGCCCCGAAGGCAACGAUGCUACCAGCCUUACGCGUGCUUCGACUCGCAGCUACGACGAGCGCGCAUUGUACCAUACCAAGAUCCAGCCAGGCCACCAAAGAGCGUCCGCGCCCUCGGCUCUCGCUUCCACUUUCAUGCAUCCUCGACACUUCGCCCACGCACGCUUCAAUUCCCACCCUGCAUCCACCUCAGCAGCGUCAUCGCCAUCGAGUCGUAUCCCUUCGGGAUAUGGAAGUGGGAGUGAAGCCUUGACCGACGACUCUGGCAGCGGUAGCCCCAGCGGAUUGGGUGAUCCUCUCACGCCACCCGGCACUCCGCCCAUGACCGACUAUCCCAUGGUCGACUUUCAUCAAUCGUAUUAUGAGCCUGCCCCGGGUCCGAAUAGUUCAACGCCAAGCCCCCGAAUCAGUCGAGGCGAGCACAACCACCUUGCUCAUGUAACGCGAGACAGCUGGAAGCGUGUGAGUAGCAAGCUGUGGCCGAGAAAACGGAGCGGGGGAGCGCUCCGAGAAGAAGAGCAAGGUGUAGUUGAGGGUGGCCUUUUCUAA